CCCGCCGCCGGGCAGCCCCUGCGGCCGCGCCGCCCGCCCAUGGCCGCCGAGCGCCGCGGGCGCACUCGGAGCUGCCCGCCCGGCGCCGCGGGGGCCGCGUAGGCUGCGAGCCGGGGCGGGGGGGCCGCGCCGGGCGGCCCUGCCGCCGCCAUGGGCCCGGCGGGGACGGGCGAGCGCUGAGGGGCCGCUGCGGCGCGGCAGGGGCGGUGCGCGGCCCGGGGGGGGGGUUUCCCGCCCGCCCGCCGCGGCGGCCGCGGGCUGAGGGCGCGCAGGGCCGGCGGCGAGCCCCGGGCGCGGAGGGCGGGGAGGCGGCCGCUGCCCCCCCCGCCCCGCUCGCACACACACACACACACACACACACGCACACGCGCAGCCGGGAGGCGCUCGGCGGCACCGGCGGAGGGGGAGCGGGAGCGGGAGCCGCCGCCCGCCGCCAACCCCCUGCCUCGGGGGCGGCUGCCCCGGCGGAGCCUCCAUCUGCAGCCCGGCGGCGGGAGCGGGAACAUGGCGGACCUGGAGGCGGUGCUGGCCGAUGUCAGCUACCUGAUGGCGAUGGAGAAGAGCAAGAGCACCCCGGCGGCCAGGGCCAGCAAGAAGAUCACCCUGCCCGAGCCCAGUAUCCGCAGUGUUAUGCAAAAAUACCUUGAGGAAAGGGGUGAAUUAACCUUCGACAAGAUCUUUCAUCAGAAAAUUGGAUUUUUGCUUUUUAAAGACUAUUGCAUGAAUGAGAUUGAUGAAGCUGUCCCUCAACUGAAGUUUUAUGAAGAGAUAAAAGAAUACGAGAAACUGGAUUCUGAGGAAGAGCGGCUGACCCGGAGUCGGCAGAUCUAUGACACGUACAUCAUGAAGGAGCUCCUGUCCUGUUCCCAUCCUUUCUCAAAACAAGCUGUAGAUCACGUACAAAUGCAUUUAGCCAAGAAACAAGUGCCAGCCAGCCUUUUCCAGCCAUAUAUAGAAGAAAUUUGUGAUAGUCUCCGGGGAAAAAUAUUUCAGAAAUUUAUGGAAAGUGACAAGUUUACUAGAUUCUGUCAAUGGAAAAACGUAGAACUAAAUAUUCAUCUGACCAUGAAUGAUUUUAGUGUACAUAGAAUAAUAGGAAGAGGGGGAUUUGGUGAAGUGUAUGGUUGCAGAAAAGCAGACACUGGAAAAAUGUAUGCAAUGAAAUGUUUAGAUAAGAAGAGAAUCAAGAUGAAGCAAGGAGAAACAUUAGCCUUAAAUGAAAGAAUUAUGCUGUCUCUUGUCAGUACAGGAGACUGUCCUUUUAUAGUGUGUAUGACCUAUGCCUUCCACACCCCUGACAAACUCUGUUUCAUUCUGGACCUGAUGAAUGGAGGAGAUUUGCACUACCACCUCUCCCAGCACGGAGUGUUUUCUGAAAAAGAAAUGAGGUUUUAUGCUACUGAAAUCAUCCUGGGUUUAGAACACAUGCACAAUCGCUUCGUUGUGUACAGAGACCUCAAGCCUGCAAACAUCUUGUUGGAUGAACAUGGGCACGUGAGGAUAUCAGACCUUGGCCUGGCUUGUGACUUUUCCAAAAAGAAGCCCCAUGCCAGUGUAGGUACCCACGGCUACAUGGCUCCUGAGGUGCUCCAGAAGGGAACCGCGUACGAUAGCAGCGCAGACUGGUUCUCGUUGGGCUGCAUGCUUUUCAAACUCCUAAGGGGUCACAGUCCUUUCAGACAGCACAAAACCAAAGAUAAGCAUGAGAUCGACCGGAUGACGCUCACCGUGAAUGUGGAGCUCCCGGAUUCAUUUUCUCCUGAACUGAAGUCCCUUUUGGAAGGGCUCCUGCAGCGAGAUGUUAGCAAGAGGCUUGGAUGCCAAGGAAGAAGUGCACAAGAAGUAAAAGAACAUCUGUUCUUCAAGGGCAUUGAUUGGCAGCAAGUCUAUUUACAAAAGUAUCCUCCACCAUUGAUUCCUCCCCGGGGAGAAGUAAAUGCAGCGGAUGCUUUUGAUAUUGGGUCAUUUGAUGAAGAGGACACUAAGGGCAUUAAGUUGCUUGAUAGUGACCAGGAAUUAUAUAAGAACUUCCCUCUGGUAAUAUCGGAGCGUUGGCAGCAAGAAGUAGCAGAAACUGUUUAUGAUGCAGUAAAUGCAGACACAGAUAAAAUUGAGGCCAGAAAAAGGGCUAAAAAUAAGCAGCUUGGCCACGAGGAAGAUUAUGCACUUGGGAAGGACUGUAUCAUGCAUGGAUACAUGCUGAAACUGGGGAACCCCUUCUUGACUCAGUGGCAACGUCGUUACUUUUACCUCUUCCCAAACCGACUUGAAUGGCGAGGAGAAGGAGAGUCACGGCAAAACCUACUGACAAUGGAACAAAUAGUAUCUGUUGAAGAAACACAAAUUAAAGAUAAGAAAUGCAUCUUACUGAGGAUUAAAGGAGGAAAACAGUUUGUCCUACAGUGUGAGAGUGACCCAGAGUUUGUUCAGUGGAAAAAAGAGCUGACAGAAGCUUUUACUGAGGCACAGAGGUUGCUGCGCCGGGCUCCAAAGUUUCUCAAUAAAUCUCGCUCAACAGUUGUAGAGCUUUCCAAACCACCGCUCAGCCACAGGAAUAGCAAUGGUCUGUAGGAGGAACAGCAACGCAGGUUCACUUAGGGAAAGCUGCUUCGUGAACAUGCCGAGUUUCACAGAAUCCUUACGAAUUACUUUGUGCAAUCCUGCAUGCGGGAUGUGCUUAGAAGAGGAAGAACUAGAUGUUUACAGCGUGGGAUAUGUCAGAACUCUGUGUCUGGAGGUUGUGAAGACUGGAACCGUGGCAAGUGAAUUCAUGCUCCUAGCAGAGGUGGAAAUUGCCGAGCGUAGAGGCUGCAUGUUGCUCCCAUGCAUUCCCCACCCUGGCGGUGUCGGAACCGUGGUCCGUUACCUAGAACUACUGAUGGAAGGAAGAUCCUGUUCUCCCUGCAAUACACGCCAAGCCUGGAGACUGGGAUGGUGACUGCUGGCUGGGAGCACAGGUCUGUGCGGGACUGACGAGCCCCUCGGCUGCAGGAGGAGCUGCAGACUUGCUGUGUGGGAUAACCUUCAGUCUGUUGUGUUGCCAUGUUCUUUCCGACCAUUACUGCUGACUUUGUAAUAACCUUUCUCCAUACUGCUGAUGAUCAACAGUGUGACUCUUAUGCACUUCAAAGUACUGAAUUCUAACUGUCCUGUGGUUUAAAUGUUAUUGCUACUUCAUGGAAACAUUGAACUCAAAUUAUUCACUUGGUUUGUUGUACUCACUAAUAGUAGCUACCACCGUUUUGCUUCUUCUACGUAUAUGCAGUACUAUAACUGACACCAUAGAGUAAUAAUUGGUGAAGAGGAAUUUAUGGUAGCUUCAUCUAGUGCUCUGUUGUAUAAAUUGACUAUUUUAGCACAGUUUUUAAAGAGCAGAUUCCUUUUGACAAGUUUACAGUGAACAUAAAGACAGUUCUUUUCCAUUUCAGGUCAACUGCACUUUUUAAAAAUUAAAAAGAAAUUACUCAAAUCCAAUGCAUACUAGUGCAUGUACUGGGUUAAAGUGUCUGGGUACCUCGGUACGUAGUCGGGAUCGCUCCUCAGUUGUGGGACUUGUGGAUCCCUCUCUGUUGUACACAAAACCAUGAAGCAAGUGUGUUCUCAUAGCGUAGGUAGCCCGGGCCGUUGCUGUAGCUCAGCUCAGGAGCUUUGUGCACCCAUCACACAGCUCAGCUUGCAAAAGGAUUUUUAAUUGUCUUUUCUAGUGAGUUCAAACUGUCCACAUUGAAAACAGUCUGAAAAUACUGGGAUGGAACUGAAAAACGAGCUGAUCGAAUGCCAGGUUUAUAUUAAUUCUGCUUGAGACAUCAGUCCUGUCAUGUGGAAACUCUUGCUAAAGUAAAGAUCUAAUCUCUUAGCUGUGAGACAACUUCAGGCCUGUCAAGUCAGCUUUCCCUGGCUGUGCUGGUGUUUUGUAAGAGGGAGGUCAGGGCUGAAUUUGAGCUUUCCUUCCGAUUCAGUGAACACCUUAGAGAACGUUUUCUGCCCAGCUGUGGUGGUACAAGUCUCAUAGUCCCUAAAGACGAUGGGAGUCGUACCCGCAUGGAUGGGGACAGCGGCUGCCCUGGCAGCGUGCUCUAUCCCCUGGUGUGUACCGUGUGUCUGGCUGGUGUCACUAACAGAUUUCCAUGGAGUCUGGGCCUGUUUCCAUGGAGAAAAGUACAAAUUGGCAAAACCAGGAGAAAUACUUUGAAAGUACUAGUUUAUCCUGAACACACUUGUGAUAAAAUUGGGUGGAUUUGCUUCUGGAAGUGGCUUAACCCCCCAAAGCCUGUGCUUUGGCCAUCCCAUACAGUGCGAAUGGAAAAUGCACUUUGGAAAAUACCCCUUGUGAAUCAGGUGAUAGCUUUUAAUGAUCCCCCCAUUUAUUUUUCAUGUUAUCCAGUAUAAAGAGUACCAGCUUCUGCAGUCCUCACUGGUAAGUGAUGUUUAGCACCUCAGCAUCCUCUGUAAGGAGUAGGGAUGGUGUUUAUGACAUUGGAAUAGGAAAAGUCUCAUCUCACUGGUGCUGACUGUGCACUGGGUGUUGUUAAGCUUUUCCUACAAUGCCAUGCAAUGGGCUUAUUUUUCUUCUUGAUUUGGAAAAAUACCCUCAGAUUAUGAUAAAAACCGCUCUUAGUUCUCAUGUAACUUGUUUGUACGUCCUUAGUUCACGAUCGGUUCCGUUCUUAUCUUUCAGUUAUUUUCCAUGGUUGUUUUUCACUUUAAAUCCUUGUUGGAAGCAUUUUGCGGCUCCUGAUGUGUCUCUGAGGAGGGGAGGGACACAUCUGCGAUUGGGAAAUUGUGCCUCAAACCCAUAGAUUUUAUAUGACAUGAAGGCUGUGUGUUGACUUAGGGAAAUAGGCACGUUUUGAAGUGUAAUGGAGUUGGGAUGCCCUGGAACACACUCAUUCGUGGGGUCCUUCUUGCCUCAUGCAGGCUCAGGGCAGCCCCGCUCGCAGUGUCAGUGCUUCAGUCAACUGAUUUAUUGACCAUUUAUAAAAGCUUUAUAUUGGUGACUUAUACAUGACUGUGCUGUAAGGAGAGGAGAGAUUACCGCAGCAUCGGAUUCCAGUAACAAAUGGGGUUCUGCGUGGAAGGGACCGGAUCUGCCAGGGAGGGAGAGCUGGAAUUCCACCUUUCAAAGCCAGUAUUAGAUACUGCUCUGGGCUCAUCUGUUUAGCUACCGGAUUCUCUGCAGCUUCUUUUUCUUGGACAAAGAUUCUUGAUGCUGUUCCUUGACAGGAGGGUCUUUAGCUGUGUGUGUAGAAAAUCUUGUUGAAGGCAGAGCACAUAAGGCACGGUGUGGUCUUUUAUGUGUUUUGAGCACAACUUUAGGACUGGGGGGUUUGGGUGGGGGGAGUUGUUGGGUUUUUCCUCAAUGAUUCAGGGAAGUAAAGAUAAAAGAAAUUAGAGCUUUGGGCAUCAACAGUGAAUGAUGAAACACAGACUUUUAAACACGAUAUCUGAAUGUCCUGUAAAACAUGUUGGCUGUACUGAUGUUCUAGUUCAUGUUCAGGAGCCUGCUCAGGAAUUGUUUCCUAUAUUCCAAACCAGAGAAUCCCCUGUCAGAUAGAGCCGUAUUCAGCACUCCCCGGACCCAGUGCCGAAGGGAUUAUUUUCCAGUUAUUCCUUGUGUCUGAUGUAUGAGCUGACAAAUGCAGUGAGACUGGAUGCUGGAAGGGAAGUGCCCGAGUGACGUGGUGGGAGAGGGAUGUGUAAUUCCUGCCAGAGCUGGCCUGGGGGAAUCACAGCGACUGCUCAGGGAGCUGUGGCUCUGUUCCAUGUCCUUUCCCUUUCCUUUCCCUUUUCCCUUUCUUUUCCUCGCUCUUGAGGUAGGGUGACAUUUUUGUUAGAUGCAAGUUGCUGUAAAUUAAUGUCUCAGGAAUAGGGAUACAGCAAAUUCCAGCCAAAAUCAGGCUUUUUUGAGUUAAAAUUGAAGUGCAGGAGAAGCAAAGCUCCAGUUUUUCCUGCUGCAAGUAGAGUGUAAUGGAGGAACUCUUUGGAGCUGGGACACACUGCUGAGGUGUCCCAUCGAGGCAGGGAUAAACGAGGCAAUUUUUAUUACUCAAAUUUAUUUGGUAACAAAUUCAGGAAACUGUUAAAGGAACACGAACUAAUUCUUUUUUAAAUCCUUCAUUCCAAGUGUAGGCUCUCCAAGUGUUCCAGGUGUAAAAGCUUCAUAUUAGUUGUCUUUGAGCUUUAUGUUUUGUCACUGGUCCAGCAAAGUCUUUGGCUGCAGCCUCCCGGGUUCCUUCCCCACCACUGCUGUGAUAAGCUCCACUGGUGGAAAGGCUGGAGCUGACCCACCCAGUGGUGACAUUCCCAGUGUCACCCCCCGUUAGGCUUCAAAACCAGAAGACCCCGAGCACAUUAAUAAUAGUUGGAUGUGCUGGAAACCUGGCAGGUAGGGAUGAGGGGAGGGCGCACGGCUCCGGGAGACAGACUUGGAUUAGUUGCGUUUGAAUUUUGCUUAAUUUCAGUAACUUCCCUUUAGAAUGCAGCAGUUUUUAUUCUCCUGCUUCUGUUGGUGGGGAGAGGGAGGGAAGGAAAUAGAUCACUGAAACAUGGAAUGGCUUGGGUUGAAGUGGCCUUAAAGCUCAUCUGGUUCCAAGCCCCUGCCACGGGCAGGGACACCUUCCACUAGAGCAGGUUGCUCCAAGCCCCUGUGUCCAGCCUGGCCUUGAACACUGCCAGGGAUGGGGCAGCCACAGUUUCGGGUUGGUUUUGCUUUUAAUACAGAUGCAGGAGUUUGAUGGCAGUGCACAGACAAUAGGAAACAUGUUCGGUGCUAAAAGCAAACCUGUUUCUCUCGGUUGUGAUGUGCACAAGCAGAGGCUGUUGGAGCAGCUCAGGUGUGGUGGUGCACAGCACCACGGGUGGGAGCAAGCCCCGGUGUGUGUGAUGAGGUUUGCAGUGUGUUAGCUCCUGGGAAGGGAGUACCUGGGGCUCGGUGUGUGGCUCUUUCCCUGGCAGCUGAUCAGCUUUAGGCCUCCUGUAAUCCCAUGGCCGUGUCCGUACCGCAGCCGUUCGCAGUCGCACGGGGGUUUCGCUGUCCCCACACAGCACAUGGCAGGGACACAGGUAUUUCACUCUGGGAUGCUCCCACUCGAGGUGUGGCUGGGGUGGAGGAAGGACUAUUUUGAAGUGUACAGUAGAAAGUAAAUAAUUCUAGUUGUGUUGAUUAAUAUAAGGAAUGAGUCAAUUCUACAAAUGAAAAAAAAUCUGAGAAGUGUAUUUUGGAAAAGCAUAGUAUUAAUUUUAAUAUUGUAAAAAACAAAGGAAAAUAUCUAAAGUAUACAGAGAACAGAUGUAUAUCCAAAUGUCUGAGGAAUUUCCAGGUGAUCUCCUUUUGUUUUCUGUUGAUUUCUAUUCCAUGGUGUACAUAUUGUGUGGACUGAACAUCGGCUGUUUUAAUACUAUUGUUAAAUUGUAUUUUUAUUUUGUGUUAAACUAAUCCCCACAGACUCAGCUUUAUUUUGUUUAUGUAAAGGUCGCUAUGCUCUGUAGGUAUAAACCCCAGAAUUCUAUUUUAACAGAAGAAAAAGCAUUUUAUAUUAUUUAUUAAAUACAUGUUUCUCCAACUUCUGACAUUCCACAGAAUCUCUGCUCCGUACAUGUAUAGAAUCGGCAGUUCCUUUCAAGCAGGAUCAGCUUUAUUCUGUUUUUCAUAAUAAAGGCAAACCAGCUUCCCUCAACUGUGCAGCCUCUGUUCCCAGCACGGUGAUUCCAGGCGCUGGCGGGACCAUCUCCAAGUGCAGAAACCCCCCUCGAUUUGCUGGGUUUAAGUUUCCCCGUUAUCCCGCGGCAUUCCAGAGAGGAGGCUGGUGUUCACGUGAGUCUGUGCUGGGUGAUGGACGAGAAUGAAUGACCUUAAAUCAGGGCGAGGGGUCGGUUGGAUGUUUAAGAGAGCUGGGGCAUCAGCUCCGAGGGUUCAGAGCUCUUUGGUCGCAGUUCACUCGAGCGGUGGCUGUCGUCGGGCUGGUCUGUGUAGGGCAGAGGCGGCUGCGUGGCAUCGGUGAUGGCAAGAUGUGUUCACUGGAAGGGAUUUUUGCUGUUUUGGGGCAUUACUUGGUUCUUGAUUACCUUAAUUACUUGGCUAGAGCCCGUGAAGACCGUGAAAGUGUCCUGGCACGUGCCCGGCCAUAGAAUCCCAGACUGGUUUGUGUUGGAAGGGACCUUAAAGCUCCUCCAGCUCCAACCCCCUGCCACAGGCAGGGACACCUUCCACUAGAGCAGGUUGCUCCAAGCCCCUGUGUCCAACCUGGCCUUGAACACUGCCAGGGAUGGGGCAGCCACAGCUUCUCUGGGCAGCCUGUGCCAGCGCCUCAGCACCCUCACAGGGAAGAGCUUCCAUAGAUGAGUCAGGGCCGUGCCCAUUGCCGCAGCCGAGGAGGGGACCGGGCACCCAGGUCCCCAGGGACUGUCCCUUUGGGUGUUGGGAAGGGGACCUGGUGCUUGCUGAGGCUCGGCUGGGGCAGUGGGUGCAGCAGUGCUGCCAUCCUGUAUGGCACGGGCACCGGCUCUCUCUGCCUGCCAGGAGCUACCGCCGGGCACGGCUGUAGGUGACCAAACCUGGCACCUCCUUCCCGAGCAAGGGACAAAAAUAGAGCGAAAUUCAUCAGAUAACUCAUUGGCUAAAAAUAAUUCCAGUUGCAGCCGUGGCCUCUGCAGUUGGAGGAGUACUCGAGGUAUUAAAGCACGUGCUCUUAAUUUCCACCAUGGUGGAGCUUGUAGUACAUGCUCAUUGCGGCUUAACCCGAGGUGAGAUUUGGCUUUUGCUGGCCAUGCUGCUGAAGAUGCCUCUUGUUGAGACGUGUCCCAGUGUGGGGAUGGGGGUGGCUGCUUUUCCCCCAUCUUUUUUCCUUCUCGUUUUCCAUUUUCCCUUCCUCAUUCCUGCCCUUUGGUGGUGUAUUCCUGAGCUGAGGAGCGAGCUGUGGUGCUGAGCAGUGGGAGGGAUGGAGAGGCCGGCAGCAGGGAUGAAACUCUGCUGAUGCCGGUGGGAUUGCGGUGUCUUGGGUGAUUGGGAUAGUGCCGGUCCUGAUGCUGCAGAUCCCACGUGUGCCCUUGCAGGGUUUCCUGGAAAACCAGGGAAUGGGCACUGUGUGCUGCUGGUUGUUGGUGCAGGGUCAGCAUUUAUCCAGGUUUGUGUAAAGCAGUGUGUUGUCAGACUGGAAGAGGAGACAAAACUGCGGGCUUACCUGGAGGCAGGGCUGGGAAGAGGCUUUCCCAGCGGUAUCGGGCAACUUUUCCUUAAGGAAAAAGAGGAGAGGGCAGGUGAGAUGGCAACUAAAAAUGAGUCUGAAAAACAGAAUAAAGCGAGAGCAUCCUGAGAGAGGUGUUUCAUGAGCACUGUUUCAGUGACUGCAUUUGGUCCUUGACAAACUAAAAGGAGCAGAUUCACAUGAGUAGCUACGAGUCAUUUAAAGAGAUAUAUUGAAAGAGAACCUGUUUUCAAUGUGUAAUUUAAUGGUAAGAGAAGCCAGUAUGUGUAAAUAACUUUAGAUAUUGUAUCUAUGAGAAUCACUCUUUGUUUUAUGUACUUGGCUCUUUUCAUAUUUAUUGUGCAGAGGAGGGGGUGCCCCGUGUUCGCUGCUGCACGUGCAGAGUUCUCCUCCCAGAGGUGAUCUCCAGGUCCCCGCGGAUUUGUGAUGUGCCACUCUUGGUUAAUCCCACCAUUCUUUUGUUUUAGAAGGAUUCUUUUGGCACAGCUAAGCUGCUUCUGUGUGUUGGUCAGUACAACUGCUCUCAUACCACGAGAACCCCAAUAAAAACCGUCCUUUGCGUGUG